CCAAGGCCUGGCCUUCCGCGGCCCGGAACGUUUCGAGGUCGGAACUUAUCAGCCGCCUGGCGGGGAAAGGGGGGGAAGAGAAAAACCACGAGCAGCGACACCGCCCCGCUGAGGCUCCGCCGCCGCGCAGGUUAAUUCCACUCCGCCAUCGCCGCGCCGCCAGGGUCAUGUACAGGCAGAGUUUCCGCCCCCCGACGCCUCCGUACGCGGGCCACGGCUUCCGGAGCCCUCCGUCCGGCGGAGGCCCUAUGCCGCCCUCCCCGCGGGGCUACGGGAGCCCACACCACACGCCGCCCUACAUGCCGUGGCCUGGUGGGCCUUACGGCAGCGGCCACUCGCCCCGAGGACACGGCUUCCAUGGCGGCGUUGGCGGCGGGCGGUUCGGGAGUCCCUCGCACGGGGGGCAUACCCCGCGCCGGCCGCACAGCAUCAGUCCCCGGUACCCGGCUCCCUACGGCACCAAAUCCCCGGCUGGAACUACCCUGCACCCGCAGCAGCACAAGCGCUCGCCCGGGGGCUUCCAGCGGCCCUACCAGGGAUCACCCAGGACAUCUACUCCAUUUGGUACAGCGCAUGGCAGAGAGAAAAGAGUGUCUAAUGAUGUGGAAAACUAUUACAGACCUUCAAUGCUUGAGGACCCAUGGGCUGGCCUAGAGCCAGUUUCUGUUAAAGACAUAAACCAACAAUACAGCAGUGAGCAAACAACAUAUACUGGUAAAAAAGGGAGGUAUUUCAGCUAACACUUUUAAAGGCCAAAUAACUCCAUCUUGUCAGGAAAACUUUGGGACAUAAUCUUUACACUUACCCAAGAUGAACAAUAAUCAAGACCUUAAUGGUUUUAUUUGAUCCCACGUCUGCCCUUUUAUCCUACUUUUGUUUUUUAUUGCAUUGGAUAUUUUUAUGUAUGGGAGGGAAAAGGAGUGGUAGGAAAACUUACAUUUCUGGUUAUGUGGAAGUGCCUACCAUCUUUGAAGAACAAAGUGUUCUUUAAUCACCAGCGACUGAUUUGUGACUGUUAAAACAGGUUUCCAUAUAUUUACCUCUCUUCCAUGCCAGAUUGUUAGCCUUUUAUUGUAAACUCCUUUAGGAAAUGGUAUUUUUUUAUGUUUCAACAUUUUUAGAAUGAAUAGCUUGGAAAUAAAAUGGAAAUUUUGUAAAUCCUUGUUUUGUAAUGUAUAAAGAUUAUUUUAGGACUUUUGUUAAGGUGUACACAUGAACACAAAUAGUACUAGUGAAAUUAGGUGAUUUCUGUAAAUGUGCUUGUAUGCUGAAGUUUACCUCUGUUUUUCUGCAUAGUAGUUUUUGUUAAUUAUAGUGUAACAUGAAGUUGAAACAUGACUUUUAGCCAUCUCAGGAAACAAAUGUGUUGUCUUUGGAAAGUUCAAUUUGUUGAGUCAUAAACAUAAUUCUGUAAUAAUUUGCUUUUGUACUUAAAAGAAUCUUAUUUGAGUAGACAUUUCUGGAUUAUAUUAACAGGUCUGUUGAGUGGCUAUUUAAGAAGCACGUAAAGUAUCAAGAUAAAAGCAAAUGUACUUUCUGGAUCUACCUGUUAGAAUAGCAUAAAAGGAAUGGCAGUGUGUUAUACAGCUGACUUAAGUACAUGCAUAGCAUCUUUUUCUUAA